AUGUCUAAUUCAACAAGCUACAAGCAGAGAAAGGAGGACUUUGUGUCCAACCAUUCCGGCAGCUCCGUCGCCGACAUCAACUAUGUGACGUCCGUUGCGCCGGUGGCCAUGCUGCUAUGGUCCGUCCUGCAAGCUCGCCAGUCCUUCUUCAAGCCCAGCUCCGCCCUCGGCCUCGUCGUUGACUACGGCCUCAACGUCUGCGCCAUCCUCCUCUCCAUGACGCUCUACUCGAAAACGCCGAUGCUGCUGGAUAUUUUCCUCCUGGCCCCGAUCGCGCUGGUGUACAUGAUACCGCUAAGCACGGGCGCUCGACGAAAAAAGCUCAAGGUUCCGCCGUCGGCAGACGCCAAGGACGCCGGCAAGCAGCUCGACGCGCUGCCGAUGAAACCGUUCCUGACGACAUACCGAGGCUGCAUGAUGGUUUCCACGGUCGUCGCCAUUCUCGCCGUCGACUUCCGCCUGUUUCCCCGGCGCUUCGCCAAGGUCGAAACCUGGGGCACCUCGCUGAUGGACCUCGGCGUCGGCUCCUUCGUCUUCGCCGGCGGCGUCGUCGCGGCACGCCCUGUGCUGAAAGAGAGGCUCUCCGGUCAUUCCGUGCCUCUCCUCCGACGUCUGCUCCGCUCGACCCGCCACUCGAUCCCCCUCUUCGUCCUCGGCCUCAUCCGUCUCCUGAGCGUCAAAGGCCUCGACUACGCCGAGCACGUCACCGAGUACGGGGUCCACUGGAAUUUCUUCUUCACCCUCGGCCUCCUCCCUCCUUUCGUCGCUGCCUGCCAGGCGGCGACGAAGGUGAUUCCCUCGUUCGCCGCCCUCGCGCUCCUCGUCGCCGGCCUCUACCAGCUUGUGCUCGACAACACGGAGUUGAAGGCGUUCAUCAUCUCGGCGCCCAGGACGGACCUGGUAUCGAUGAACAGGGAGGGACUCUUUAGCUUCAUCGGAUACCUGGCCAUCUUUCUCGCCGGCCAGCAUCUCGGCAUGAUGCUCAUUCCACGCAACAUCAACGCGAGAAACACGACGAACCCGGGCGCGCAGCGGAAGACGCUCCUCGUGACCGUUGCCGCCUGGGCCGCCGCCUGGACGGGCAUGUACUGGCUCUCCACGAGCUACUCCAUUGGCAUCAACCUCAACGUCUCUCGGCGGUUGGCGAAUAUGCCCUACGUCCUAUGGGUCGCGGCCUUUAACACGGUCCAGAUUCUGGCCUUUUGCUGCAUAGACACCUUGUUCUUUCCCUCGUUCCAUCACGCGACGGAUGCCAAGUCGGAGAGGGAAGCCUACGACGGCGCCACCAGCCGCGUCCUCCGGGCCUUUAACCGCAACGGCCUCUUCAUAUUUCUCCUGGCCAACCUCAUGACAGGCCUGGUCAACAUGACGGUUCACACCCUCGACGCGACGCCCUUGUUGGCGGUCGGAAUCCUGCUGGCCUACACGGCGACGUUGACGGGCGUCGCUCUCGCGUUGGAUCAUCUAGAUGUGUCGAUAAAACUCUGA